GCUGCCCAUGAAGAGCGGCAUCUGGACGCUGUGCGCCGCCGUCAGUGACGAGCAGCACGCGUCCCUGCGCGACGCCGGCCUCGCCCAGCCGACCUGCGUCAACUACCUGUCCGCGUCCCGGACGCAGGACGGCCGCCCGACGUGGCAGCACCGUAUGCAGAACCUGUCCAUCUCGUGCGCCCUCGUGUGCCUCAUCAUCCUGGGGUCCUCCGCGCUGGUGGGGGCCUUCGGGGUGUUCGCCCACCAGGCCAGCGCCGUGCUCGUCACGGGCGUACUCUACUUCCUGGCAGCCACCUUCGCCCUCUUCACGCUGACCAUCAUCCACUUCAAGCGCGCGCAGAGCCCCGCCGCGCUCGGCCGGGGCGCGCUGGUGGUCGACGGCGUGCUGCCGGGCGAGGGCCCCCUCCCCGUCGUGCAGGGCACCGGCAUCGUCGUGCGCGCCCCCGUGGGGCCCACCCUGCCGCCGCCCCCCUUGUGGGCGCCCUUCAUGGCGGCGCGCCGCGUCGAGACGGCCUGGAGCCUGCAGCUGGGCUGGGGGGGCGUGGCGGGGGCCCUCAUCACCGCGGUGCUGUGGCUCACCCUGUCCAGGGCCAUGCGCGGGGCCCCGCCGCCCUGACGCCGCUGGACGAUCAAGACUGUGUGCCCCAACAGAGUGGCCCCCGACCCCCUCGACAACAACCACCUGCCGGACUAGGGCCCCAGUGACGCUACCGACCCGCCCCUCGCAGCACCGUGCCAGCCAGUCAACCAAUCGAGACUUGUCAUCUGCUCACUGCAUCACUUCACAUCAAAUUGUGCCACUGCUUGAGGCGAGAAACAAUGCACAGUCUUGCCAGGUCGCAUCACGGUAAAAAUGAGAGAGCAGCAGGAGACAGCGAUGGGGACUAAGUUUCAAUCGUAGAACUGACAGCGGAAUGUUUGUGAAUUUAAAAACAACCAUCAACCCAAACAAUUCUUUCAUGGCCACAGCUUGAUCAAGUAACAGCAUCCAAAAUCACAGAAUGGUAGUUUUGCACUAAAGUACGUUGAUCAAGUCAAAUGAGUGAAGAUGAGAUUAGGUACAAUUACCAUUUAUCCCAGGGAACGUCAUAAAUUACGACUGAAUUGUUACAUUCAAGAAGUUGAUGUGCCCAGAUUUAGACUAAGUCAGACACACCUCACAGUACAAGCAGGAAUCACCAUGGCUUCAGCACGAGCUUUUAAGUCUAGAUCACACAAUCAAAUGGGAAAGAAAAUUUGAAACACUUGUGUUUCUUUCCAAGCUCCUUGCUCUAUAGUUUGUGGAAGCCCAGCACUCCUGCAACUACUUGCACAUUCCAUACGAUAAUGGCACCAUAAAGGUAUGAAACACGUGUUCUGUGAUAAUUAUGGUUUGAAUAAAAAAUAGGACGCCUUAGAUUUUAGACAGCCACUGCCAAUGUGUGGUAACUUGAAAGAUAUCUGUGAUGCUCCCCAAAAUUUAAAUAUAUAUAUUUCUUAAUAAAGUUAAAACUUAUAAAAGCUAACUAUAGAAGGUGGACAUUGCUGCUAUUUCAGCGAUGUGAGUCACAAUCGCAAUGAAACAGUAAAAGGUAAGAAUAAAAUGAAUUUUAUGGAUCAAUCAAUGUACCACAAUGAUUGAUUCACAUCAGUAUGUAUAAACGGUAAGAAUAAACUAAUUAAAAUGAAACUCGAGUACGCCUUAACUAAAGACGGAACACUCGUAUCUACAACAGAAACAUCAUUCACCAAAGCGAGCAAUGGUUGAAAUAAUGGACAAUGCCCUUGCCGCCACACUGGCGAAAUAGAACGAACACA